AGCAGGAGAAAAAACCAAACAGUAUCCGUUAGGAUUAUUUGACACCAACGAAACAAAAACCGCAGAUAUGAUUCAACUUCUAAGGGACUUGCAAUCAAGAUACGUCCCAUUCCAAAAUGAUGAAAUUGUGGAAUCUGUAUUUUUUGGUGGUGACAGACUAACGGAUGAAAGGGUGCAAUGUGCACAACAGUCAGUUCUUAAUGGAGACACAGCAUCGUCACGAUUAGAAGGAUUCAUCUCAAAAAUCGAAGACUUUCAUCGUCUCAUGAAUUUCUUGGAGGCAAUCUGCAGACUCACCUAUAGCGCAGAGUCAGCAGGGGAUAGAGGAACUGCAGCUUACUUCAGAAAUUUGUUAAAUGCUGUAAAUGUCAAGGGAGAAGUUAGAAAUGCCUAUCGACCAUACAAACUUCUCUAUUAUACAAUUUUAGAUGCCAUGUGUAGUGUUUUAUUUUUCCAAAAAUUCAGUAAAACAUCUGAUGAAGAAAUUCCACUGCCACAUAACUUUCAGAAUUUAUCAUCUGAAGAAAAAAUAGCUUGGUUCAAUGGAAUAUGUUUGCAUGAGGAAAAGGUUCAUGGUGCAAAAACUCCAGAAACAAAGAGAUCAACGGAAAAGGUUAAAGAUGAAAAGGAAUACUGGAUGAGGAAGAAAAGGAAAGGCUAA